GUAUUCGCUUUGGAAUCAGUAGCUUUUUAUUCAGUGGUCGAGGGGAAAGCACUACGAGAGAACACACGCUUGCAUUUUUAGAGCUUUUGUUUCUCUUGGUGUUGUAUAGUAAUGAUGGCGUCUGUAUCUUGGCAUGCCUUCAUUUUGGCGUUUGUUUUUGUGGUUGGAGCCUCUGAUGCUGGGCGACAAUGGAUGAAAUCCAUGAAUAUGGUGGACAUGAUGUCAGACCUGCAGAUGGACUGUCUGAUGAAGCUCGGUGUGAAAAUCCCCGAAUCGUCGCCUCAAAGACAAUUGACAGUUUCACCGGCUUCAACAACGACUACGCGAAGCCUUGCUCAAACGAGUCAAACCACAACAACUCUUAAACCGAGUACGAGUGCGACAUCUAUGCCGAAAUCCACCACUUGCUGGUCGACCAGUCCUCAGUCGAGAAACAAUACCGAAGUGACUUACGACAUGGUGCUCAGAACGGCGGCUAACAAUGUGGGCUUUUCGACGCGUUCUUUGAUGAGACGGGGUUCGUAUAUGGAUGACCUGUUGCGAGAAGCAAAUACUAUGGCGGAAUUCCUCAAUUCUUUGCCGGCAGAUAAGCACAAGGCAUUGAUGAUGUGCAUGCAAACAUCAGCUGUUCGAGAUCCUUUGAUUACUGAGAAGCGAGCUUUGGAAUUCACUCGGCGUUUGUUGUGCGACACCGGAGCCAAGGUGUCGGGAAAAUCGUCUUCCGAUUGCAAAUGAAAAACUCGGCAUUUUGGGAAACAUUUCAAACCCAAACUCCAUCAUCGUUUGGUUUGAAGACGAAUAUACUGUAAUUUGAAAGGUACAUAGUCAAAAGCGAUCAUGGAGGAAAUGUAUGCGGAAUGUUUUUCGUCCGAAUCAAAAUCCGGUUUUUGUCGUUAAUUGAGGCCGUGGGUAAAUUCCUUACCCUUGAUGCUUUAAUUUUUCUCGCAGCAUCUUUAAGAAAAAUUUUCAGAAAAGUAUAUAAUUAGUCUUGUCGGUUAUCGUCCCUUCCGCGAGUUUUUUUUUUCAUAAAUUUUUUUGGGUUUGGAGAUGAAUAAAAUUUGAAAGGUGGUCAUGCAGAAAGGAAGAUUGAAAUUUUUCAUGCGGGAUUUUUUUUUCGAGAUCGAAACUCGUUUUUUUGUCGCUUUGAGGCCGCGUCUAAUUUCUUAUUUUUUUAUGUCAAUUUAUUGCUUCGUGCAGCAUUUUCAAAUUUGUAUUUAAAAGGCAUAAUGCGCCAUGACGGUUUUCGUUUGAAGUCAUUGUUCUUGUGAUGUUAUUGUGAAGUCCAGAGCCCUCAUGAAUGAAUAAUGUC